AGGGACGCGUCGGUCCUCGUUGGUCUUUGUUCCACAUUGUAAAAGGUCGUGGUCUCCACAGUGGACCUCCUCCAUCUUCACCAUGUCUCUUCCCCACCCAUCUGCAACUAUGACGACCAUCGUCCAUGAUACAACAGAGGCGUUGUGUCUCUCUACUGAAUACAACCUGUACCUCAAGCCCAUUGCCAAAAUUACCGUCAGUGUGGCCCUGCCCCAGCUCAAGCUUCCAGGCAAGAGCAUCUCCAACUGGGAGGUAAUGGAGAGAGUGAAGGCGAUGGUGGCUCCGGAGCAGUUCUCAGCCCUCCGGAUUUCCAAGAGCACCAUGGACUUCAUCCGCUUUGAGGGAGAGGUGGAGAACAAGACGGUGGUCAAGAGCCUGUUGAGCCGUCUGGAUGUGAAGUGCAUCAAGCUCAGUGGAUUUACUGAUGUACUGAAGGUUCGCGCAGUAGAGAACAAGGUCGACUUCCCCACACGUCACGACUGGGAUUCAUUUUUCCGCGACGCCAAGGACAUGAAUGAGACGCUGCCGGGAGAGAGACCUGACACCAUCCACCUGGAGGGGCUUCCUUGCCGCUGGUUCAACCAGAAGGACAGUCAGUUUCCCGACCGGCCCUCUGAAGAGGUCCUCAUUUCUGUCUUUGAGACUUUUGGCAAGGUGCGACAUGUUGACAUCCCCAUGCUGGACCCAUACAGAGAGGAAAUGCUGGACAAGAACUUCAAUACGUUCAGCUUUGGGGGUCACCUGAACUUCAUGGCCUACGUUCAGUACCAGGAAUAUUGCGGCUUCACCAAGGCCAUGGACACUCUGCGCGGCAUGAAGCUGAUGCUCAAAGGAGACGAUGGGAAGGCGGUGGCUUGUAACAUCAAGGUGACCUUCGACACCAGCAAGCACCUGAGUGAGUUAGCUCUGAAGAGGAGAAACCUGGAGAGGAUGAAGCUACAGGAGCUGGAGCGGCAGAGAGAGGAGCAGAAACGACGGGAGAAAGAGGAGGAGGAGCGUCGUAAGGAGGAGGAGAGGAAACACAAGGAGCAGGAAGAAGAGGAGAAGGAGAAGAGGAAGGAUGAGAGGCUGCGGAAGCGAGAGCAGAAGAUUCAGGAGAAGGAGCAGAAGCGUAACGUAAAGAAGAUGAGGCGUCAGCAGGAGGAAGAGCAGAAGAAGCUGCAGAUGAGGAUUGCGAUGGAGGAGAGGAGGCUCCUGCUGGCUCAGCGCAACCUGGAAUCUAUACGGCUUAUUGCGGAGUUGCUGGCCAAGGCCAAGGCCCUGAAGCAGCAGCAGCAGGAGAAAGAGAGGGCUGAACGCGAGGAACAGGAAAGGCAGGAGCAGGCUCAGCAGAAGGAGGAACUAGCCCGACUUCAGAAGCUGGAAGCGUGCAGACGCAAGCAAGAGGAGGAGCUUCGCAGGGUGGAGGUGGAGAAGCAGCGAGCACUGGAGCUCCAGCGUAGAGAGAAGGAGCUAAGGGAGAAACUGCUUUGCAACAUGUUGAAGAAGAGCAAUGACAGAACCACUAAACCUCCAGGGACGCAGGACCAGGACAGCCCUGUACCGACCGAGGAGGUCUCUGCUCCUGGCGGCACUGAUGUGAUGUUGGGGGCUCUGGAGCGGGUGAACGGAGGAAAGUCAGCUGAGAGCAAAGAGAAACAUCUGAAAAACAGAGCAAUGCAGGAGAAGAGAGGAGCGCAGGACAAGAAGAAGAAGAGCCGAGAGGGAAAGAAGAAGAAGAAGGAGGAGGAGUUGGCGAGGAGCAGGUACGGCAGGGAGCAAGCAAGGGACCAGGACCAGGACCACUCCCACAGAGAGAGGAGUUCCCGCAGCCGGGAGAGGAGGAGGAGGCGCUCCAACAGCAAUAGCAGAAGGAGGAGGAGCUCCAGUCGCCACAGGAGGAGCUCCAGUCGCCAAAAAAGGAGCUACAGUCACAACGGUAGCAGGAAGCGCAGCCAUAGCGGCAGGAGCACAAGCUCGAGUAGAGACAGGAGCAGGAGCACUAGUGGGAGGAGUUACAGCAAGGGGAGGAGCCACAGACACGGUCACCGUAGAAACAGCAGAGCCGGUUCAAGGGGCAGCAACACAAGUAAAGACGGGAGGAGUCACAGUCAUAACAGACAAAGAUACAGGAGACACAGCAACAGUAGAGACAGGAGCCAUUCCAGACGACGCUAAACUCAGCGGCGUCGUCUGUGUCUUUGAUAUUUUAAGAUAUUUUUGGUCCGUAAGUUAAGCAAUGUGGUUCUGCACCAGAUAGCGAAAGGACAAAUUCGAUAAGUCAAAGAGAAUCAUGUAUGCAUACCAUAUACAAUGGGGCGCAGGAAUGUUCGACAACUUGAAGUAUUUCGGGCCCCAUUGUAUGUGAAAGGCAUGGAAGAUGCGAGUCAGUCUACGUAGCUGCUUUUAUUGUUUUAGCAAUUUUUUUCUUCACAUUUCAUUUUUUUGCAGACAAUUUAUUUGUUCAGAUAUUCAGACUUUAAAAUCAGGUCAGUUAGUUGCUUCUGAAAUACUUUUUAUCUUCUUCACAUCCUAAUAGCCAUCAAACGAUGCAGUUGUCCAAAAAGGAAAAAAGAAGGUCUCCGGGGCCCUCACAGGACAAUUAAACCAAUCAUUUUAUUUGGACCGAAUGAAAUGAUUGGCUGGAGAACUUCUGUGUCACAAACCAACCUGCAUGCCUGUGCCAUGACCGCACUCUUCAGCCGGAGAGACGAACACCACUGGAGCAGAGAGUCACAGAGAAGUUAGCUUCUAGCAUUUGUCCGGCAGUUGCAUGUUCAUAUGUUUAUGGAGCACCUCUUCGAUGAGCAGGUCGAUCGGGGGGUUGAUUUAUCGGUUGCAUUUUUCUUAGUCUUCUCUUAUGACAAAAAAAUUCAAGUUUACUUUCUGGUUUCAUGAGAAUGUUGCUCUUUGCAGAGUGACAUUUUUUUGGUUAUUCAUCAGUCAUUUGUUGUGAAGUACACGAAAACUCAACUCUUAAAAUUUGGUUCCGAUUUAGUGAUCCUCCAUACUCACCAAUUACCUUUUUAUAUCUCCAGUUUUGUGCAUGUUUAACUUAGCUAGAGAGUUUCUUGUACCUGAUCUGUUCCUCGUGGCUGCCACUGCUGUGGAAGACUUACCAGUUAACUGAGGGACACUGAUGAACGGCAGCUUCUCAAUUAGUGUGACGGUUCAGAAGGCUGAAAGACUCGUACCUCUGUGAUCUACUGAUGUUAUUGCGACGCGUUCAGCUGCUUGAUAAACACGCAACUACAACCCUGGACAGUAUUUUUUUGAUAAUCAAGUGAUUUCAAUUAAAAAAGACUGAUCUCAGUUUACUUUUUAAUUUCAGAAUUUUUGUAAGAGCUUGUUUGAAAGGAAAAAGUGAGGAGUCUGUGUCUGAAAUCCCUCCCUAUUUACCAUAUUGUUCUCCACCUCCUAUUGCCCUCUGACAUUUUGAGUGUCCACAUUAUGUAUGGGUAAGGAGGGAUUUUCAGACACAGCUUUUAAUUUUUAUCUUAAGUAACCUGACUCAGGAAGCAGUGCACUCCCUCUUUCCUUGAUCAAAUAUCUUUAAUGCAAGCGCUGCAUUUGACUUUUUCGUUUGUUUUCUUUAAGGUUCAGAACAAAGUUUUUUUUUUAAUUUUCUUUUUUUCGGAAACCAGCCUCUGGGAUUCAGGUCAAACCAGCUCAGUACAAAUGAGAUGUUGAGACGUAACUCCUGCUCACGUUCUUAUACUGGAUACGAUUCUUUAGCUCUAGUCGCUGUACAGACUUUUCUUGAAACUGGAUUUGAGGGCGGGAGAAGUCAGUCUCACUUUUGUCACAUUACAUUAUGAGAAGUCAGUCUCACUUUUGAUGACAUUUGUACUUUGACAUAGUGACUUGUGAUAGAAAAGCCCAUUUUCAUCUGUGUAUAUGCUCAUGAGCCACUACAGAAUGUCUUGCAUACAUGUGGUUAUAAUAAAAAAUCC